AUGUUCCGGCGACCUCGUGAGAAGCAACCUGACGCGGUAGUCAAAGUGCUUGCUGACGUCCUCCACCCGUCGCCCAUGUACCCAUGGUCGAAUAUGGCGAUGCACUACCUGGGAGUUCCCAUCGUCGUUUCACAACAUUCCGUGGUGGUCCAAGACAGUGACUUUGUGGCUUGCACUGAAAGAUUGGUUGCUAGUGGAUUCACGAUAACCGUUCCAAAACGUGGGCUCCACCCCGACAUACUAGCGAGAUUACCAGAUCCGGAAAGUGUGAUUGCAGCGAUCAAUGCAGACUAUGCUGCCCUAGACCAGGCAGCUACCGUGUUCGACUAUGCGGAGCCAAGGGAAGAGCAGGUCUUUCUAAUCCCCAACUCAUUCGCCUGUUUGCCGCUAGGAACGGCGGACAACGAUUCACUGCCCGAGGGCGAGUAUGAUACGUAUAACAACAUCCAUCAUCCCCUCAAAAGAGCAUUGGUCGAAAGUUUCGUCAAAUGCGCACUGCUUGGUGAGCUUCCGAGUAGUUCAGAGUGGGGUAUGUCCUUGAUGGCUUCUGUGUGGACAAUGAUUCGGUAUUUGGACGUCGAGAAUGACAUCCUCGACGAUUGUACGGACAGUAAAGCAGUGGAAUGGUUCUCUGAGCAUUUCGGAUACAGACACGAUGCACGGUAUGGUCCCAAGGACCUUCGCAUCUCGAAGCGCAUCGGCUCGGGCAAGGAACUCUCAAUCGACAGUAGAGGCCGAUCGAUUCCGUAA